GGUCCCCCCUCCCACCCGGCCGCCAGGGCGCAGGCGCAGGCGCUCGAGGUGCGGCGGCCGCGGGGAAGAUGGCGGCGGCAGCGGCGGCGGCGGCGGCGGCCGAGCAGCAAAGUUCCAAUGGUCCUGUAAAGAAGUCCAUGCGUGAGAAGGCUGUUGAGAGAAGAAAUGUCAACAAGGAGCAUAACAGUAACUUUAAAGCCGGAUACAUUCCAAUUGAUGAGGAUCGCCUCCAUAAAACAGGCUUGAGAGGGAGGAAGGGCAACCUGGCCAUCUGUGUGAUCGUCCUCUUGUUUAUCCUGGCUGUCAUCAACUUAAUCAUAACACUUGUUAUCUGGGCUGUGAUUCGCAUCGGACCAAAUGGCUGUGACAGCAUGGAGUUUCAUGAAAGUGGUCUGCUUCGAUUUAAGCAAGUUUCUGACAUGGGAGUUAUACAUCCUCUUUAUAAGAGCACAGUAGGAGGAAGGCGAAAUGAAAAUUUGGUGAUUACUGGCAACAACCAGCCUAUUGUUUUUCAGCAAGGGACAACAAAGCUCAGUGUAGAAAAGAACAAAACUUCUAUUACAAGUGACAUUGGUAUGCAGUUUUUCGACCCAAGGACUCAAAAUGUCUUAUUCAGCACAGACUACGAAACUCAUGAGUUUCAUUUACCAAGUGGAGUGAAAACUUUGAAUGUUCAAAAAGCAUCUACUGAAAGGAUUACCAGCAAUGCUACUAGUGAUUUAAAUAUAAAAGUUGAUGGGCGUGCUAUCGUGCGUGGAAAUGAAGGCGUGUUCAUUAUGGGCAAAACCAUUGAAUUUCACAUGGGUGGAAAUAUGGAGUUAAAAGCAGAAAACAGCAUCAUCCUCAAUGGCACUGUGAUGGUUAGCACAACUCGCCUCCCCAGUUCCUCCAGUGGAGACCAGUUGGGUCCUGGCGACUGGGUGCGUUACAAGCUCUGUAUGUGCGCCGACGGAACUCUCUUCAGAGUGCAAGUCACGGGCCAGAACAUGGGCUGCCAAAUCGCAGACAACCCCUGUGGUAACACUCAUUAGAAGAACCUGAGAGGUCAUCCACAUGUUCAUGUCUGGACUUGACGUUUUUUUUAAGUAUGCAUGCAAAUCAUGUUUCUACAGAGUUUGUGAUAACUGAUAAUCAUUUUAUCUGCAGAGCACUAACUACUGUAUCUAUUAUAUAUAAUCUCCAUAUUUAAAAUAUUCUCAGAGAGCCUACCUUCUGUUUCAUUAAUUUGCACUGAUCUUCAAAUUAUAAUUCGCUAAAGUAAUUAUCAGAAAUUAAUAAAAUCAAAAUUAAUCUUUUAAAAAGUGUUUUUAAAAUUCCACUAUUCCUUGUCUAAAGGAUAAAGGGCUGAAGCAACUGUUGAGACUCCCUAUAAGUAAGCUUUUGGUAACUAAAUAUAGACCCACUUAAGAUAUUUAAAAGGUACACAUCGUCAGUAAAUGUUACGCACUGUGUCUCAUGGCUUCUUAGAGCAAAGACAGGUUUUUGGUGCAUUAACUUGCAGCCAUAUUCUCACAUGCAAGUGAAGUCAUUAAAGAACUUCACGUAUGUGAGAUAGUAAGAAACUGUGGUUCCUUAGUUUUGCACAAGGAAGAAAAUACUCUAAUAUUAUAGAAUGUUUACUUGUUAAAUAUUGAUAAAUAUUAAGUGUUCACAAUGUGGUAGAAAUUAAAAUUCUAUCCAUCUCAGCUUUAACUUUUAGAUAAUGAUAAUAGCUGUCAUUUACUAAGCAUCUUAUAUAUCCUAGGCUUUGUCCUGGGCAUUGCAUGUGUUGUAUCUCUAAUUCUCACCAGAGCUCUGUAAGUAGAUGUUAUUAUCCAAGUUUUACCUAUUAGGAAACUGAGGAUCAGAGAAGUUAAGAAAUUUGCCUAAUGUCACAUAGGAAAUAGCAGAGUUGGGGUUGGAAUUCAGGUGUGGGUCAAACCUAGAUGUACCUGCUUCCAAAUACCAUAUUCUUUUCAAUAUCAGUACUGUAGUUUUAAUUAUUUAAAACUGUAGAAAGUUGAACAAAGACUAAUUCAAACUUACAGGUAAGAAUCAAAUAAAACAGGUAUGCUUACUCUUGUUAAAAACAUCAGUCACUCAAUUGUGUCAAAAAGAAAAUAGCCAAUCCCUGUUAGAUUUUAAACUAUCCUAAGCCAAUUCCAAAAUAUUAUACUAUAGAGAUGUUAGAUGGCCUAGUUAUGGGUUACCCUACUUUCCGGACUGAUGGGCCUUGGCACACUGGAGUACCUGAACUGGGGAAAAGGGUUGCCAAGGAAUUUAUCCCCUCCGCCCUCAGGGCAACACAGUAAGAAGUGAAGGGGUUAGGUAGGCCAUGGCCCCAGGUAAGUCCCGCUGGCCAGGAAUGGCCAGUGGCUUCACCCCAAUGUGCGAUGGCACCCUUUUUAAUGUGUGUCAUGCCUUGAAAAAAGUUGGGAAGCACUAAACAGUGCUAAUGCAGGAAAUUGUACAAGUAAUUUUUAAGGAAGUAGGAGAACUGACUGCUCCUAAUAUCACCAUCCCACUGUAAUGAUUUACAACCUUCAGGUCGGUUGAUUUUUAAUAUAUUUUAUAUUUAACUUGAGAGGAACUCUCUGGUAUUAUUAAGACAUACACAACAUCAGGGGCAGAGACUUCCAAGUAGUUUGCUAUAAAGUAGGCAGUAGUGAUAAAUCAUAGGCCCUACUCUGCAUUCAACUAUGACAAUAUCCUGUCAUGGUGACUUUGAAUUGUGUAGAUAAAAAAAUCAAUACGAAAAACAAUUUGCAUUCAGUGUUGUUACAGUUCUCUUUGAUAGAAAAACCAAAUGCCUUAGAGAUUAUCAAUAGUCAUUAAAGUAUACUAAAAUAGAGAUUGACUUACUACAUAGUACUGAGUACAGUUUUUAAAUGAAGAAAAAAGAAAGUAAAAUUUAUGACCUCUGAGUGUUAUUAGUUGUAGUGACAUUCAGAAUCUAUUUUAAUACAUUCAGUAUCAUUUAAUAUCUGAAUGAUAUUCAGAAAAAAAUCCUUUGGAAUUUUCAUUCAGAUACAUAGUAUAUUUUUAAAUUUUACAUUCAUUACUUGUCUGCUCUAUUUAGAUUUGUUUUGAAAAUUUCUUUAAAUAAAUAUUUUUACAAACACUACAGAUGCUAUGUUACAAAAUAUUAUUUAUUGAAUGUAAUUCAUGAAAUAAUCUAUUUUUACUCCUCUUUGAGAAAUACAUGUGUUUUUGAUACAUUUCCAUUAAGUGCUUUGGACAUGAGAGUAUAUUUUGAUGUUUUUAUAGAAUUGAUUGUUAAGGUAACAGGUAUAGUAUUUGAGGACACUUUAAAGGUCAUCCCUGCUUUUUCACUGAAAUGCAGACCUGGAAAAUUCCCUGGAAAGCAGAUCAAGAACAAACUGUCUGUUUUACCUGUGACCUAUUUUGCAUAAAGUAAAGCUUCAGCUACUCAUUCUCACUACAAGGUGGUAUUUUUCUAUAAACUGAAAUGUUAACUUCCCUCUUUCUGCUGGUUGUUCCUCCCCUAUAAUGAGCAUUGAUGUGACAAGCAGUGACCGGGGAAAGGUAGAUGACAAAGACAGGGUACCAGGAGAGGAGGGAACACAUCCUUGUUUAAAUAACUGCAGUACUUGAGAAGUGGGAUGCAAUGGCAAGGGAGACAAAUGAAAUACAAGCGAAAUGUUUUCAAAACUAAUGGGCAGAGAGGAAAAAUGGAAAACAACACAAGGUGGGGACUGCCUACAUCUGGUCUACAAUAUUUAUACUUAUUUGUAUUCUUUUUGCAUUAUGAGAAAACAAAUUUUGUGUAAUAGAUUUGUUGAUGAAAAGUGAAAAUUCUACCUAGUUUGAAUGAGUUUUGUGUUUUUUUUUUAAGAGGGUAAGAAUGUUUCGGUGCUAAACUUGAUAAAAAAGAUACCAUUGAAAUGCUGAUAAUUUUAGUAAUCUUUUAAAACGUGUUGGGGGGGAGCAAACAUUACAAAUUACGCCAUAUAAAAUAAACCUAAAAAUCUGUUUCAGA